CAUACUCGGAGGUAUUUGCCGACAAGAAUUGUGAUGUUACGGAGUAAAGGUAUCUUCUUGAUUGUGGCCAUCGGCCUCAUCAUCCAGGGCAACGAUGGAGAAGCCUAUACUAAAGAAAGAAAUAAGCGUGGUGUGCUGCUCGGGGCCCUCGGAGGAGUUAUAGAUGCAGCGAUCCAUAAACCAAUCUCCGUUUUAAGAGGGGGUAAUAGAGCCAGUUCCCACAGUUUUACACUUGGAGGACCCUUAGGAUCGAUUGGAUUCGGUUCAAGUUACGCCAGAGGUGAAGGAGCGGCCAGUGCUGGUUCCUCUUCUGCUGCUGGAGGAGGAGCAGGAGGUUGGAAUGGUGGUAGCAGUUCAUCCGCAGCUUCUGCCGCCUCUGCCGCAGCAGGAGGUGGUGGAGGAGGUUACUCUCCUGGCCUUGUUGGGGGAGGAUUCAACGGUGGAUUUGGCGGUUCUUCAUCACAGAGUAACGCCGGAAGUAGUGCAUCAGCAGGUGGAGGGUUUCAAGGAGGUGGUUCAGGAGGAUAUGGACAAAACGUAGUGGGUGGCGGCAGAGUCCAAGGAGGAUUUGGUGGAGCUUCUUCCCAGAGUAACGCCGCCAGUAAUGCUGUCGUAAAUGGGGGAUUCAAUGGAGGUGGUUUUGUUGGAGGCAGAUAUGGACAAACUGGUGGUGGAAGAUUCCUAGGAGGAUCUUCUUCGCAGAGCAACGCAGCCAGUAGUGCUGUGGCAAGUGGAGGUUCGGGAGGAGUUAGAUAUGGACAAAACGUUGGAGGCGGCGGAGGAUUCCAGGGCGGAUUGGGUGGUUCUUCUUCGCAAAGCAAUGCGGCCAGUAGUGCUCUUGCAAAUGGAGGAUUCAAUGGAAGAGGCUUUGUCGGUGGGGGAUAUGGACGCGACGUCGGAGGUAGCGGAGGUUUUCAGGGAGGAUUUGGAGGAACUUCUUCACAGAGCAACGCAGCCAGUAGUGCCGUGGCAAGUGGAGGUUCUGGAGGAGUUGGAUAUGGACAAAACGUUGGAGGCGGUGGAGGAUUCCAGGGCGGAUUGGGUGGAUCUUCUUCGCAAAGCAAUGCGGCCAGUAGUGCUCUCGCAAGUGGAGGUUCUGGAGGAGGUGGAUAUGGGCACAACGCAGUGGCUGGAGGCGGAUUUAGUGGAGCUUCUUCACAGAGCAACGCUGCCAGUAGUGCUGUGGCAAGUGGAGGUUCUGGAGGAGGUGCAUAUGGUCAUAACGCAGUGGGUGGAGGCGGAUUUGGUGGAGCAUCUUCACAGAGCAACGCUGCCAGUAAUGCCGUCGCUAGCGGGGGAGUUUCUGGAGGAGGUGGAUUCGGACAUAAUGCCGGUGGUGGUGUAGGAUUCCAGGGAGGAUUGGGCGGAUCGCUAACAACUAGCAAAGCCGCUAGCAGUUCUGUAGCAAGUUCACAAAGCGGUGGCUCAGCCGGACUUCAUGGAGGUGGAGGAUCAGUCAGUAAUGCAGCUUCUGGUGCCAGUGCGGGAUUCGGAGGCAGCGGUGGAGCUUCCGCAAGCAGCAUUGCUGCUAGCCAAGCCAGUUCUCAAAGUGGAUCCUUUGGAUUUCCAAAAUUGGGUCUAUUUGGAGGCAAUGCCGGAGCAAGGGGCAACGGAGGUUUCGGUAUCGGCGGUCUUAACUUCCAGUUUGGUCUUAGAGGUAAAGGACAAGGAUAUGGAAGUGGCGGUGUAGGCGGAAUUGCCAAUAGCCAAGCGGCCAGCAGUGCGACAGCCGGAGGAGGUGCGGCAGGUGGUUUCGGAGGAGCUUCCCAGAGCCAAGCUUCAGGAGGUUCUUACUCCAGUGCAGGUGAUGGUUCAGGAGGAUCAGGAUCAAGUGCACAAAGCUCAGCCUCGAGCAGCGCAGCAGCCGGCAGUGGUGGAUUUAGCGGAAUCGGAGCCAAUAAAAACGCAGGCAGUAACACCGGGCUCAGAACCCAAACAAACGGAAAUUUAGAUUUAGGCGGUGAUAUCGUCUUUGAAGGAAUGCACAAUCACAAAAUCGUCUACAGACACGUGACUCCUUCGUUAGUAAACAUGAAAACCGAUGGUGACAACCAUGAGAACCCCCAAGAACACAACUUUUUAACUUCAAAACUUCACAAAGAUGACACCAUUGAUGACGCUUUUGGGAAAAGCAAACAGACCGGAUUUCCAAUUAUGAUAUCUUCCAUCAGUGACGCCAUGGCGUCUGUGGGAGACGGGAAAGCUACAACUGCAGCUCACGCCAACGCCUCGACCACAAUUGGAUUUAACAGUUGUCUCGGUUGUUUUCACGGUCCCAUUUCGAUCCAAUCAACGUCAACUGCCACAGCCAACAGUUCACCCGCAAACUGACGGACCAACACGUGAUUAUAUAUUUUAUUACCAUUUGUAAAUAAUUGAAAUAAUUUUCUCAUGUUUUACUGUUAUAUAAAUUUAUAUAUUUGUGAAAUGUUUGUUUAUAUUUGUGUACAUACGUUUUUAAAGCAACGUCUUUGAAUAAUGUGUAAAAUGUUUUAUAAUAAAAUGAAUAGACCAAA